UCGAGGCCAGUAAGAUCGUGGAGCAGGAGCAGGAGCAGGAGACUAUUGUGACUGGUGACUCUUUUUCAUCUCGCUAUGAACAGAUUCAGUUUUUGGAUCUUCAGAAGAAGUUCAAAAUGAAUACGCUGAACUCAGGGAGUCAAAGAUGUCAAAAAUUGCCAUCCUGCUUGUUAGGUAGCUGACGGCUGAAUGGAGAGCCUUAUAAAUGUUUACAGGUUAAUUUUGUCCAAUGACCUCAAAAUCAAAGGCCCAGAUUGCACCUCUGCCACAGACUGAAAUUUUUGCAUAUUGGGUGCUGUCCUUUGCUUCUCAUCUGUAUUCGUUCUAUCAGUUAUACAGAUUCUCCAAAGAACAUGAAAUAAGUCUGCAAAAGGAAUUCCAACUCGAGCAAGGUUUUAUAAGUUAUUUUAGAGACCCAAAUGACUUUGAGUGGACGUUUUGGACAGACUGGGCAAAGAAAUCUUUAUUAUACAGUUUUUUUGGACAUGGGAUGAUCACAAUACUGACAAGCCUUUUCUUCCCCAAGCUGAAAGUGCCAGCAUCUACAGUGUAUGGCUUCAUAGCAGCCAACAGUGUACUGGGAAUAAAAGGAGUUUCUGUACUUUUGCUUCAUCUUUGCAUCACUUUUUCAGUUGCCCAAAUAAGAAAACCUGCAUUAUGUUGGGCCUCUAGUUUACUCCUGUUGUGCACGCUUCAUUUUCAGCCAUUGCAAGAGAUCCAGAGAGGCUGGUAUGAAACCGAGGAGGAGUACUAUCUCCUUCUUUUCAGUGUUGCUGUGUGUGGUCUGCGAUUUAUCAGCUACAGCCUGGAGCAUUGCUGGUGUCUCACUGAAACUGGUCGCAUAUUGCAGCUCUGUUGGUUGUUUUCGUAUACUUUCUAUCAUCCCUUUUUCUACAAUGGACCCAUUAUUGCUUACAAAGAUUACAUCCAACAGAUAAAAAGACCUGCAGAAGACCUGGGCAGAGAUGGGGCAGUGUAUAAAUUUCUGAUUCUUCGAACAUUGAGAAUUGUACUGUGGUGGGGUAUUGCUGAAUACAUGGUCCAUGCAAUGUAUAUGCACUCAAUUCAGAGCAAUGAGACCUAUUUAGAGAUUCUUCCUCCUUGGGCCCUUGGUGGUCUGGCACUAGCCCUUGUUCAGUUCUUCUAUGUCAAAUAUUUGGUCCUCUUCGGCUUGCCGUCCAUGCUGGCAACGAUGGAUGGACUGAUUCCCCCAAACCUCCCUCGCUGUGUCAGCAUCAUGCAUACUUUCACUGGAAUGUGGAGGCAUUUUGAUGAGGGUCUGUAUCGAUGGCUCAUCAGAUACAUCUAUGUCCCUCUGGGGGGUUCUCACUGUGGUCCCCUUUAUAAAGUCUUAUCCAGUGGUUUGGCGUUUGGAUUUGUCUGUCUGUGGCACGGUGGUCACGACUACUUGCAGUACUGGGCUUUGAUGAACUGGGCUGGUGUGCUGGUGGAGAGUGGAUUGAAGACACUCUUAUCCUCAUCGCUAAUUCACUCUUUCAUUGAGCGGCAUUUUUCCGCAGCCAUGAGGAGACGCGGUGUGGCGCUUCUGUGUGCCUUUUCCACUGCCAUGCUCAUCCUGUCCAAUCUAGUGUUCCUCGGAGGGACCCACGUUGGCAGAAUCUUCUGGAAGCGAGUUUUUAUUCAAGGCUGGUACAACAUUGCACCCCCCAUGCUGGCCUUCCUCUACUGCUUUGCACAGAUUGGACUUGAGCGGACCUCUCCCCAGCAUGAGUCACCUUGACUUUGUUUAACAGUGUAAAUGACUGCCACCGGAUAGAACAACAUGCUGAGUCCAGGAGGCCGUGGUCAGUAGCAGCCAGACUAUGAAUAAUACUGGCUCGUGCCCAUAAAUCUGUUUCUGUUUUUUUUUUUUUCUUUUUGAUUGUUUUGUAAAGGCACACUGCGUAACAUUUUUAGUGGCUGGUCCUGCUCCUGCUUGUCUCCAUGGGGAUGUUAUUGCUUUGCCUGGAAUGUUUAAACACAUUUAUCUAGCAGUGAUUCAUUACUGGUUUCUAUUGCUCAAAAAUACAAUAAUUCUCCAUGUGAUUGAAGUUAUUUGUCUCUCUUGAGAUAGAUAGGUUUAAUCUCUACUGUGGAACAUUCUUGAUAAAGCAAUAACCUCUUCAUGGAGACAAGUAGGUAGCGGACCCUCAACCAGAAAAGGUGUGCAGUGCACCUUUAAAUUGACCAAGUGUGUACAAAAUUACAAGUAUAAUUAAGUAUAUAUGUAUGUAAGCACAGUACAUGUACUCAUAAUUCUACUUCACGUCCAUAAUAUUUUCUUUCUCAAAAUAUUUUAUUUUACCUAUAAUUUCUUGGGCCUCUUUUUAUUCCUUUGAUCGUGCAUCAUUCAUAUGUCGGGUUCUUACCCUGCCUGCUGAAGUAUUUGUGUAUGUUUACUGUAAAAUAAUGCCUCAUCAGUACAUAUUGUGUUAAUCUUGUAUCUUUUGUACAUGGUUAUCCUGUAUUCUUUCACAUAAAGAAACAAUGACACUAAAUAGAUGUUCCCAGUGUGUCCUGUUUCUCAACCUGUGAUAAGAUAUUGCUCACUGAUGCAGACAGCUGGAAAAAUUAUGCUUUCUUAUUUACUAAAGCCCCUUGGCGCCAUCAAUAAAAUGGUUCGUGUUCAAAGAUGGACCACCGUGUAGUAAACGCUAAACAGACCCUAAGGAACUUAAGCAAUCUCAUUAUUCUCUUCAUAAAUGCAGCUGGAAAAGAAAAUUGGCCAAAAAUGUCUACUAACUUUGAGAUUUGAUAAAAGACAAAAUACUUUUAAAAAUCCAAGUCUAAGGCA